AUGUCUUCCCAGGCGAUUCUCGCUGUUCCCACCGCUUCGGACAGCACGGAGGCUCAGGCAUCGAACAACAGCUCUGAUACACUCAACAGUUGCCAGCCUUCGUACAAGCUCCUGGGCGAAGCACAGGACCGUACCGUUGGGAUGUCGCGUCAGGAACAGGGUCCGGCCGCCGGAGGGAUCUUGGCAGAUCAGUACCCAAGGACCGCCUCGAAAUGGGAGUCUCAGAGUCCAUGGCCAAGCGGCCCUCCAACGGUUCCGAUUCCAAUCCCAGGUGCUGGCAAAAACGGGGCGUGUUCGGAAGGACGAGAAGUACAGGGAUAUCUGAAGCUUUCCAAGACGGAUGUGUGGGUGAGGGUCAUGCCGACAGAGCUACACGAUGUUCACCAGAGAUGGGUGCGCUACAAUUCUUCCGAAUAUGUGGACAUCGUCACCGACUCGAGAAAUAGCGAAUACGGCGUGCCUAUCCUGGUCCAUAGCAAGAAACUUUGGAACAUGCCAUUAGGCUUGGCUCGGAAACGGCACCUUCCCAGCAGAUACCGCGCUGUUGCCGCGCGCGUAUCGUAG